AUGACGUUAACAAAGUCAGAGUGUUUAAGAGAUACUGUGACAGUGUUAAUAAAUGCUAUCGGAGAUAAUGACAAUUCCGUUAAUAAUGUUGUAAUAAAAUCUUUAACGAAGAUAGCAAACACGUAUCCAAAUGAAGUAAUAGAUAUAUUUUGCGACUUUUAUAAAAAUACCGUCAAAGUGAACAAUGCGCAGCUGAGUAAUAUUGUGAAUUUUGCGGAUGAACAAAGAUUUAUGGUCUUAGAACAAACAUGUGUGAAUCAUGUGAAAAAACUGAAUUCACAAGCAGCUUCAGACCUAGUGAACUCUAUGCUUCGUGCUAUGACAGAGAACACAUCUUAUGAGCCUGUAGUACAGAUGGGUGCUUCAUCUGUUUUGGUUGCUGUCAGUCAUGAAUACUUGGAUUUGGUUCUCAGACUACUCAUUAACCAGCUAUCUCCAGCGUCUGUGCCGCAUUACACUAUCAUUCAUACUUUGGGUACCCUUGCUGCGGUGAAUACUCAGGGCGUGGUGCCGCAUAUUAAGGAGAUUCUGAGCAAAAUGCUUCCAUUGCUGACGCUUGUAAAACAAGAUGGCGUCAAACAAGCUUUCGCUUACGCAUUCGGACACUUUGCAGUUGCCGUUGCGGAACAAAUUGGUGACAAUGUAGAGAACGACAACAUAACGAACAUAAAAGAAAAUUUUGUUACGGAAUUCUCCAUAAUAUUCGAUGUACUGUACAAUCAGUGGCUCCCAUCUCACGAACACAAAGUAUCAGAAUCAGUCUUAGAAGCACUUGGGCCAAUUACAAGGCUAAUAUCAGAAAGGCAGUUUAACGAAACCGUCAAUAAAUUCGUACUUUCAUUGCUGUCUUUGUAUCGAAAGUCGACUAUAAACUCCUAUUACAUAAGUCAAUGCAUUUCCUAUCUUCUGUCACCGUCAUCUUUAAAUCCUAAAUUAGUUUUAAACGAUAGUGUUAUAAAUUCCAUCAACAACACUAUGUUCAAUUUGGUCCUUUUUGAGCCGGAUUAUGAUCAGCCGCAUACGGUAAAAAACCAUUUCGAAGUUCUUAGAUGUUUUGAUCAUAUGGCUGGGCAGUUCCCUGACCAAACUAUUGAGAGUCUGCUGCAUCAGUGUAAAAAUAAUCACGAGAAAGACAGAAUGAAAGCGGUAAUAAUACUAACUCAUCUGACAACAUCGUCACAUGUCUUUAUUGAGAGCUUCGCUGGAAAAUUUAUAGCUAUUCUAAAAGUGAUGACAGUUAUGGAGCAAAGCGUCAAAAUGAAGAAAUUACUUGUAAAAGCAAUCGUGGGAUUGGUGUAUAGAAAUUGCAUUACAACUUCUGAAGAUUUCGCUAUGAUCGAGUUCAUAAUCAAACACUGCGGCUACGAAGGGCCAGCUAAUAUUCCAAAAUAUGAAAUUGUAGAUUUACAUGAUACUUGCAGAAGUUCAUUAAUACUUAUGUGCAAUACAGUGACAAGUGUGAGAUCGCAAUUGAGAAAUCUUUUACUUACAGCGUUAACCAUCGAUGACUUAACAGCCUCUAUGUCUACUGUAAGCCAUUGUUUGACUUCGUUGUUGCAGAAUAAUUCAGACAUUAUCGUUGAUGAACAAACAGAAAAAUCAGUGGAAGAUAAUUGCAGUCCUGAUUUAGUUUUUAUUAGAUGCAUAACACAUAUCGUUGAUCCAAGUGAGAAGGAAAAAAACAAAAACUUAUUAAUAUUCCUAGAGGAAUACUCGGGGGAUAUUCAUAAGAAUUUAAAGAAUUCAUGGACGGUUGAAAUUCAAAGAUUAUUAAAGUUUGUCGAAAAGAAUGAGUCAAAAGAUCAAUGGCAUGGGAUGUUAUUGGAUCUAUUGGUGGCUGCUGUUGAGCAGGUAAAUAGUAAUAAAUGGGUCGAAACGAUAGCAACACUACUGUCCCAGCAAGUCUUGUCGAAGAAACAGUCACCAAUGAUAAAAGGAGUAUCAUUACAGUACUUGGCAAUUUUAUCUUGUCAUAUGACUAACGCCGCGGUCGUGGAGAAAGUAUUAAAAAUAAUAUUAUUUGCUUUAAAAUCCAUUCCAAUGGAAAGUUGUGAAUACGUUAGUAAAGCAAUAGGAAUUGCUUCCAGACAACAUGGCGAAGUUGUUAUGAAUGAACUUGACGCGAUAUAUAAAGAAAACGAAGCUAAAAGGGGUAAUAAAUUUUUUAACUUCUUAUCUUCAAAACAUUCUAAAAGCGAAAUAGAAAUAGGCCUUGUGAAAUAUGCAGCUAUAUGUUCCUAUGGUAAAAUAGCUAGCGAGUGCCUCGACGUACAUGUGUUAGCACGACUCGGUGACAAUAUUACUUCAAUACUCCACGAAACCCUAAAGCAUAACCCUCCCUUUGAUUUGUGCAAAGCAAGCAUUACGGCUCUUUACGAGAUUAGUAAAGCACUGUACCCUGCUUCACAUCAUAACGUUACACUUCGAAAUCGCUGGCAGCUAUUAAAUGCUGUGCUGUCACAAAUUUACAACUCUAAUCUGGACGAACGUAAUGUAGAAUUAUAUCCUAUUAUUGUGAAAGCAUCGAAAGCUUUAACGAAGCUUCAAAAAGGAAUAUUGCCGGAAGAAAGGAAUACCAUCCUUCGAAAUUUAUUUAACAGUAUCUUUGGAGAGUUAGCGUCUUUCAAGAGUAAAUACGAAUUGGAAGGAAACGGAGAGAAAAACGACUUGUUAGCGAAAACUUUAAACGACUCAUUAACUCUGCUUCAUCAUUUGAUACGGGAACUAAUAAUACAAUCGACUUGCUUGAGCACAAUAGACGAUCUAGUUGGUCUCUUAAUAGAAUGGAUACGUAACGAGAAUGAUGAAAUUCGAACAGCGGCGAUGCAAAUUCUCCAAGUGGUUUUUGACUCGUACAUUAAAAAUGUGAAGCUUAACUACGAAACGCCCAGUAAGUUUGGUCAGUUGGGCUACUUGCUUGGGCUUCUAGUCCCAGGAGUAGCUGACACUAACUUCCCAGUCAGACUGACUACAGUGGACUGUAUUAAACUGAUAAUUCAGAUACAAGACCUGUACGAAGGCCACAUCAUUGAAGCGGAUGAUGAAUGCAUGGCCAGUCUGGCUCACCUGCAAAACAAUAUACUGACAAAUGACCUUAACAUGAUCUAUGAUUACUGCAUGAUUUUGUGUGACACCAUAUCCCCUAAAAUUCCCCAUCACUACACAAUGCAGUUUGUUGAGAGCUUGUUAGAAGGCUACGACUCUCAGGAGUAUAGAAGUAUUGGCAUAAGUGCGGUACUGAACGCUUUGUUCGUAAAAAAAGGCCAGGAUUUAUAUCAAAAUAUUGAGAGAAUAGUGGAGGUGAUGUUAACAACCAUGGAUGAAGUCAGUGAGGAGGCCCGGUCGAAGUUGAUGUUGCCGCUGACGUCAUUAACAAAACAUCACUCUAACGCCGUCACGGCAGUUUUACUAGCACAGAAGUUGCCUUUAAAGCCAUGCGUCGUAUCUUGCUGGCGAAAUUUGGCAAAGGACGUAACUUUAGCAGAGGCGAUCAUAGAUAACUUCCUGCGUUUGAUGACCUCGAUUGAAUUGUACGAAGAUCCUUAUCACAUCACUGAAAAUCACAUUGCAGCACUGCAGCCGCUGACACUAAUUAGUGCACUGGGUGAAAUGCUUCAAGUGGACGCGAUAAAACCAAUCUGUAUCGCCAAGUUCUCGGACCUGUUCUCAGUGCUCUACACGACGUUGGCAUGUUAUUUAGAGGCCGAGGCUCCGGCGUACACUGUGCCCCCAAACAAAGGCCAGGAGAGGAUUGGCUUUAUACCUAACAGAGAGGCAAUCAAACUAUCUCCGGCUAAGAUCACUGUCAUCACCUUUAAUGCUUUUUUGGAACGGUCGGAUUGUCAAAAGGUGAGGGAGGCGUGCUCACUGUGCCUGUCCGUGGAGCACGGCGAGGGCGGCGGCACGCUGAGCGAGCUGGCGGCGCUGCUGGGCGGCGCGCUCGCCCGCAGCCAGGCGCCGCGCCUGUCGGGCUGCGUGGCGCGCCUGGCGCGCUUCGCCCGCGCGCCGCUGCCUCCGCAGCGCUGCGCUGCCGUCUCGCUGCUCGCCGCGCUGCUACACUACCGGUACGUACAGCACGUGCAGCAACGCUCGCGGCGCCGCGCCUGGCGGGCUGCGUGGCGUGCCUGGCGCUCCGCUCCCGCGCGCCGCUGCCGCCGCAGCGCUGCACUACCGUCGUGCUGCUCGCCGCGCGGCUACACUACCGGUACGUACAGCACGUGCAACAAGUAUAGCGCUCGCGGCACCGCGCCUGGCGGGCUGCGUGGCGUGCCUGGCGCUCCGCGCCCGCGCGCCGCUGCCGCCGCAGCGCUGCACUACCGUCGUGCUGCUCGCCGCUGCUACACUACCGGUACGUACAGCACGUGCAACAAGUAUAGCGCUCGCGGCACCGCGCCUGGCGGGCUGCGUGGCGUGCCUGGCGCUCCGCGCCCGCGCGCCGCUGCCGCCGCCGCGCUGCACUACCGUCGUGCUGCUCGCCGCGCUGAUACACUACCGGUACGUACAGCACGUGCAACAAGUAUAGCGCUCGCGGCACCGCGCCUGGCGGGCUGCGUGGCGUGCCUGGCGCUCCGCGCCCGCGCGCCGCUGCCGCCGCAGCGCUGCACUACCGUCGUGCUGCUCGCCGCUGCUACACUACCGGUACGUACAGCACGUGCAGCAAGUAUAGCGAUCGCGGCGCCGCGCCUGGCGGGCUGCGGUGGUGUUCCUGGCGCUCCGCGCCCGCGCGCCGCAGCGCUGGACUACCGUCGUGCUGCUCGCCGCGCUGCUACACUACCGGUACGUACAACACUUACAGCGCGCUGCUGUACUGUUAGUUAUAUGUGCGAGGCGGGUGGUGCGGGCGACGCGGGCGGCGUGGUGGUGGAGACGAUCCUGGCGACGCUGAGCGGCGGCUGGAAGGACGCGUCGGAGCGCGUGCGCGCGUCCGCGCUGCGCGGCGCGGCGGGCGUGGCCGCCCUGCCGCCCGCGCCGCGCGCCCUGGCGCUGCCCGCCGCGCUCGCUGCGCUCAGCCAGGGUGUCGACGCGCGACCCGCACGGUCGCCACUUGAAAACGUGCCUCUAGCAGCCAUACAAGGUCUCAGUCAGCUACUAUUGGAAAUAGAACAUCUGGAUAAAGAGUUCGAUAGAGAACUGCUCUCGAUAUCGCAAAAGAUACGUCCGUUCAUGAACACGGACUGCUCGCAGCUAAGGGAGAGCUCCAUACGGCUGUUCGGUAUCAUCGCGGGCAAAGUAUCCUCGGAAGCUCUGGUGGACCAGGCUGUCGGGUCGCUGCCUUGCUUCCUGCUGCAUUUGUGUGAUAGCAAUCCGGCGGUUGUGCGGGCAAGCAAGUUCACUCUCCGCGAGGUGUUCAAGACAUUCCCGGCGAAGAAGUCGAACGAGUUCGUGCAGAUGCACCUGGUGGACGAGGGCCGGCUGUUCCUGGACGAGUUCUUGUGCGCGCUGCUGCGGCUGCUGGCCGACGAGAUGCCGGCCUCGGUGCCCUCGUGCCUGCAGGCCGCCGUCAACUACCUGCACUGCGCACGCGAGGACAUGAAGCCGCAUCCGCCUUUGUUGCUCGGGCUUCUCUACGCAGAACUCUAUCGCCUCAAAGAGAAGACUUCCGCAGACACAGAUUUAGACCCGGACAUAACGAAGAGUGCGCGCACUCGCUUAUUGCUGCUAAUAAAAGAUUCAAACCCGCUAGUUAGACAGAAUUCUGCCAUGGCGCUCGCGUACAUAUGUUUGGUUUGUGCACAUGAUGGAUGA